CUCCAAUGGCUGGCAAGUACAUCGUCGCCGGCCUCGUCGGCUCCUGUGUCAUCUCGUACGCCUGCGACUACAUCGUUUCUCAGAAGAAGAUCUUCGGUGGCACCAUCCCAGGGACUGUCUCCGACAAGGAGUGGUUGAAGGCGACGGAGCAGAGGUUCCAGGCCUGGCCCCGCGUCGCUGGGCCGCCGGUCAUCAUGAACCCCAUCAGUCGCCAGAACUUCAUCGUUAAGGACCUCAACCCCUGAGGCCCAAGACCUCGAGGUUUGCUGUCGGUUGGAACCUUUACCCUGAUGGCGAUGCCUGUUGCUAAAUCUACAUAUAUGUGCUGGCUGUACUCUCGAGGCUAUUUUGUCUGUCUCAAUAAUUAAAACAACACUAUUGUGUAGGGCACCGUGGUUAUAUUUCUUCUGAAGAACAGAAGAGAACCUGAAGCAUAUUUGCUUUGGACUUUCUGUCAUCUUUCGUUUGCACAAACAUAUGUUUAUUUUCAAUUUGUGCUUGUCAGUGCAUCGGAGUAUGUGGCUUGCAAAUUCAGACCCUUUUCCUAACUCCAGGCUAGGAUCCAGAUGGCCUCUGAUCAUAGUCUUGUUUCUUAGCACUGAAAUAAUAUCCAACAUUUGGCAA